AGCCGCCCGGCGGCGGGCGCAGGCGCCGCGGCGCUCCCCUCAGCAGCGCCAUGGCCGGCGGGGGGCCGGCGGCGCUGCUCGGCGCCAUCGCCUGCCUCUGCUUCCUGGCCCCGGCGGCUGCGGGAUUCAAGAGGAGGGGGCCCAGCGUGACAGCCAAGGUGUUCUUUGACGUGAAGAUUGGAGACAGAGAUGUUGGCAGAAUUACAAUUGGAUUGUUUGGAAAGGUUGUCCCCAGAACUGUGGAGAACUUCAUUGCACUGGCAACUGGAGAAAGAGGAUAUGGAUACAAAGGAAGUAAAUUUCAUCGCGUGAUCAAAGACUUCAUGAUUCAAGGAGGGGACUUCACAGCUGGAGAUGGAUCAGGAGGAAGAAGCAUCUACGGAGAAAAAUUUCCUGAUGAGAACUUCAAGCUCAAACACUAUGGAAUUGGUUGGGUUAGCAUGGCUAAUUCUGGCCCAGAUACCAACGGAUCCCAGUUUUUCAUCAGUGUGACAAAGCCUUCCUGGUUAGAUGGAAAGCAUGUAGUAUUUGGCAAAGUCCUUGAUGGAAUGUCUGUGGUGCACUCGAUAGAACUUCAGCAGACAGAUGAACAUGACCGCCCCCUUCAAGACUGUGUGAUUGUGAACAGUGGCAAAAUAGCUGUGAAAGAGCCAUUUGUAGUUGAAGUAGAUGGCUGGUGAGACCAGCAGUUGAAAUGGAAAGUAAAAUCUAAUUCUUUGGGGCCCAGAUUUCUGACUGACCUCGAUUAGCCAUUGUGUUUUCUCCUUAAAACACGAGGCUAUCUGUAGACAAUGCUUAUCAUUUGCCACAUACAUAGUAGAUAGGGCUGUUUCUGUAAUAAUUUGAUGGACCUGUUACACCUUGAAAAUCAAGACAUACCCAGCUAAAUCCUAAAUCUUGCAGAAAAGGUCUCUCAUGAAAAAUUUUAGAAGUACCUCUGUUUUUUUUUUUCAACAUUUGAAACAGUCGUGUUGUUUUCUCUGGAAAUUUUUGCAAUUUUUGUUUUCAGCUUUUCAACUGAGAAUGUAACUUCCUGUAAAAGUAUCAGCUUCUUUUAAAUACGUUUCUCGGGGGGGGCAAUAAAACAAAUGUUUUGAAUAAAUAAACUUGGAUUUCAAAUAAAUACUGAAGAGGG